AUGGAGCCAGAGCAAAAGAAACAAUCAAAUCCCGGGUCAACCCACAGGGACGAAGAAGGUCUCCUUCGCGCCUAUGGAAGGCUGCCUCAAAGAGGAAGAUUACUUGACCAGCAGGCCAAGGAACGAAAAUACUUCGACUCUGGAGAUUUCGCUCUUUCCACAGCUGACCGAGUAACUGAUGUCGGGGCAAUCAAUACUGGCCGAGCCCAUCCGCAGCGGGGAAGCGUUUCGCAUCCCUACGCCCCAGUUCCUAGCACUAGUAAUGCUGAGGAAGAUGCUAACAAGGAUGUUCGCGAUAAACCAUUUACAAAUCUGAAAAUGACUGAGAGCCCUCUUCAUCAGCAUAGUGAUGUUGAUGAUAAGGCGCAGAAACUGGAGAAACCGAAAAUUGAUUGA